UUCUGUAACCUAUAUGAUAACAUAAAAGAAUGGUCUGAACUACUAUUGUAUUGUUUGGGGGAUGAGGCAGGGGGUUAAUAGUAACUGUAGACUGCAAUGCUUGUGUGAUGCCCACAUGUUUGAUAAUGCACAGAAUUUAUUUUAAAUAUAGGAAGUUCUUGAUUAUGUGAAAUUUUUUUUCAGAUCAAAUGUUUAGAAAAAAAAUUAUUCAGGUUACAAAUAGAACAGAUUUUAAAUCUGCUUCCCGUUGGUCAUGUGUAUGGUGUGGUGUUUUUCUUGGGGGAGUUGUUUGGUUUUUUUAGCAUAAACACAAUAAAGGGAGUCUUCAGCUGAGCAGCUGUCUCCCUUCUGCAGAGGAAACUUGCAGGAUGAUGAUAAUGCUUGUUUUAGUCAUCAGAGGUGAAGUGCACAAUAAUGGCAAGUCUAUGUUUCUACAAUUGGAGGAUAUUUCUCAUAAUGAAGGAAGUCUCUAAGGUCAACAGCCACAAUACCCUGAGAAGUUACAUCACAAAACCACAUUUGCACAAGACAGCUGUCUGCCCCGCACCCCCUUUUUCUGUGUGCGCUCUCUCUCUCUCUCUCUCUCUCAGCUUCAGUGUUGCUCACAUCUCUUGCAAGAAUACCAUGGAUUUGGUUUGGACUUCUGUUCACAGUGUUAUUUAGCUGUUAAAAAAAAUAAUACAACACCCACACCCCUUCCAAAAAAAACCAAAAAAAACCCAAACAAAAACCACGACCCACACUGAAUAUUUCUCCCCCUAAAUAACUGAAAAAGUCUCACUAUAGUCUUCUUAUGUCCUGUACAUUCCCAAACUCAGUUUGUCUAGCUGCUGGUUUUUGCAAUGAGAAUUACAUAGUGUGAUGAUAAUGGCAGCAGCAGCAGCACCACCUCCCAGAUCUAGUCUGGGCCUCUGCAUUUCUUAGUUAUCUUCUGUCAUGUGAUGGUAGUGGAUAUGGCAGCUUAUGCCUCUGUGCUGUACUGUAUGUAUGUGAAGAAGAAAGCUUUUGGCUAUUUCAGCAAAAUUUGCAUGAGGGAAAAGAGCGAAGGCUAGAUCUUAAUUUUUUGGGAUCACUUUGUAUCACCAUUUACUAUGAAAACUGAUGUUACUGGUACAUGUAACUCAGUUUGGAAACCCCUGAUAUAACACAUUUCUCUUUGUUAGGGUUUUUUCUUUUUUUUGUGCUUCUAUACAUGAAAUUUCAAUACAAGGACUAUUUUAUAAUCUUCCUUUUGAAGCAGGUUUUCUCACCAGUGUUUGCUUGGUUUAGCUUUACAAAUGGCUGUUAAUCUAAAUUCAGCUUGCCUUGUAAUGGUAAGAAUAAGGACACACCUUAGAAGGCUACCUGUCCGUUUUAUUUGUUUUCCAGCCUCCUGAUGAGGUUUUCUCUUAUUCCGUCAGCAGGAUAGAAAAGCAAGAGGUUGCUCUACAUACUCCUCAUUGCUGUAGACUUUAUUCUAUUUAUACCCAAAUCUCUGACUCAAUACUGUUGAAGUCAGCUGAGUCUUUCCUUGGCUUCGGGUUGUUCUGAAUCAGUCCAUAAACCUAAAAGUCAAAGCUGCUUCUAACAAAGUAAGCAAACCCUUUUUCCUUUAGUUCCUAACAGAACUUGUGUUGUGGUUUAAGCCUGUUGUUCAUGUCUAAUCAUGUUCACUGGUGAUCAUUCCAAGCACCAUAUAUUAGAGUGAAAUUACCCAGUAUUCAGUAUUUCCUUGAUUGCAUUUGGUUUGUCAACAAUUAUUGCAUUUUAAAAGGGUGGUGUUUUUCUGCCAUCCCUCACUCUGCAGCUGGGAAUGGUAGUUAUGAAGAGCUGUAAACGUCAUCCAGGUCGCUAGGUAACCCUGAGUAUUUAAGGAGGUGAGAAUAAAGGCUGAUCUUCUUUUAGGCGUGGACAGGUAUGAGAUAGGUUGGACUGGACUAGUUGAAGAAGGAUUUGCAAAGCUGAGGACAUGAGUUUUGUGAAGUGUGCUAGGUGUAUUGGUUAUAAGUUGCUCAUCCUUGCAUUGCUCAGCAUUGUAGCCAACAUCUUACUUUAUUUUCCCAAUGGCGAAACAAGAUUUGCUUCAGAGCAUCAUCUCGGCAAAUAUGUGGAGUGCCUUCAUGGCAUUCUAGGUGGAGGCUUUUUGGUAAGUAAUGAGCCAGUGGUUUUUUCAAGUUUAUUUUGGAGCUACUUGGUAUUACUGUUUCUUUACCAGUUACAUUAAUUUAUUGAUCAAAUACCUCAUCAACAGGUAUGUCUGGAGUUGUAUCAAAAGAAAUUAAGUAUAUUACCCCAUAGGUAUUAUUAGUUACUACUUGUUAUCUUAUCUGCAACAUUAUGUCACUGUAAUGCUGAGAAAAUCAUAGGGUCUAGGUUGUGGAAUCCAAAUGCAAAACUGGAACCGAGCCUCUCAGUGGGUCAUGGUUUGGAUAAAGGGUUAAAUCUUAAUUUUUUUUGUUAUAUUAUUGAACUAUUCUCCUUUUAAAUGUCCCUAGAUAACUAGCAUUUAGUUACAGAUCAUUAAUUUCUGUUGUCUGAGAUGUUGAUGGUUAUUUCUCUGCCUUAGCUCUUUAUUCAGAGGAAUUGAGUGGCAGUUAUCAAAGCUUUGCAUUUGAGUAACAGCAAAGCAUGAAGAACUGAGUAUGUUUAUUAUAGGACAUUUUUAAUCUGAAGAUGCUGUUUUCUGCCUUUUCAGUUUUGUGGGCUACAUUGUAGCAUAUUUAAGUUCCCUGACUCCAGGCUUCCUUUUUUCAUUUGCU